UAACGCAACACACAUCGCUUACAACGAAGUCUACAUACUCAGAUUCACUGAUCAAAGAUAAAUAUGGCAGUGAGUGACAGAAGAAUUCUCUGCGUCGGUGUGAUCUGCUUCGACGAAUUGUUGUACUGUGAAAACUACCCCGUCGAAGAUUCUGUGGAAAUGGUUGUUACUCGAGAACUGAGACCAGGAGGGAACGCUGCCAACAACUGCGCCGUCCUGGGUGAGUUGGGUGUUCAGUGCGACUUGUUUGGAACGCUCAACACUAAUUCACGAUCAGGAAGUUUUGUCACAGAGCAACUGGAGUCAUAUGGUGUCAACCUGAAACAAUGUGAGAUUGUAGAAGGCAAAGAACUACCUAUGUCGACGUGUAUAAUUAAUAAGAGGAAUGGAUCGCGAACGAUACUGCACCACAGUGGCGAUUGGCCAUGGGUUUCAUAUGAGGCUUUUCUUAAAAUAGAUUUGUCGCAGUAUACGUGGAUUCACCUGGAGGCAAGAAACUUCGACCAGCUGAAGAAAAUGGUAAAAAGGAUUCAUGCAUGGAAUUCUGAAGAGCGGAGACGUAUCCCGAUGUCAUUGGAAAUCGAGCAUUAUCAUGACCAUUGUCUGGAAAUGAUACCGACGGCAGAUCUUGUUAUGGUCAGCAAGGAUUUCGCGAGGGCGCUCGGAUAUAAGUCAAUGUCUGAUACACUGGAUGAACUUCAUGGAUACCUCAAACCUGGAGCAACAUUGGUGGUGCCGUGGGGAGAGCAGGGAGCGGCUGCAAAAAGUCCUGAGGGCGUCUUUUUUGUCCCCGCCUAUUCUCCAGAGCGCGUUCUGGACACGCUGGGCGCUGGAGACACCUUUUGCGCUGCUCUGCUGUCAGCGCUGUCUGGCGGUCACCCACUGCAACACAGCCUGCACUACGCCUGUCAAGUUGCCGGAGCCAAAGUCGGCAUGCACGGAUACCGCGGACUUCGGGACGUUCUCAGGGAGCGUGGUGUACGCUGUCAACACUAGACAAUAUUUGUCUGGGAGUAGGUGAUUA